GUUAAAGGUCGAACAUUCAAGACAUAUGGCAAACCACUUUUACAUAUCAUGCAGUAAUGGUUAGACUUGUUUUGUUGUGUUUUGUAUAUUCUUUGCCAGGUCCACCGAAGGCCACUUUUGACACGGGCACGUACCAGCUGUAUCCAGUAAACAAAAGACUGUGCCCAGAAUUUGAUCCAAAGAGAGACGCCACAUUCGACCUCUACACAAAAGCGAAUAAUAACACUUCACAAGUUUUACAAAUAGGCAAUGAUUCGUCCCUUGUAAACUCGUAUAUAAAUUUUAGAAUUCCCACCAUCCUAUUUUUCCAUGGAUAUUUGGAGUCAUCGCAUUCUGAGGAUGGGAUAAAAAUAAAAGACAAUUAUCUGAAAAUAGGAGAGUAUAAUGUAAUUCUAGUCAACAUUGAGAGACUGCUGGCAGGUCCAUUCUAUGUUACCUCUGCCUUAAACGUAAAGCCCAUAGGAAAAUACACUGCGGGCUUCGUGGACUAUUUAGUUAAAAAGGGGUUGGAUCUAAAUAACCUUCACAUAAUUGGUAUGAGUCUUGGUGCCCACAUUGCUGGGUAUGUUGGGAAAAACUUAGAGAGUGGAAGACCACCCAGAAUUACAGGUUUGGAUCCAGCAGGACCUUUGCUCGACUUUGUACCACAAAAUGAAAGGCUUUCGAUUGGAGAUGCAGACUUUGUCGACGUUAUCCACACCAAUGCGGGUAUUUUUGGUACUCGAUUCUCCGUAGGAGACGUCAAUAUUUGGUUCAAUGGCGGAACAUUCCAGCCUGGAUGCGAUCCUAUUACUGCUUUGAAAAGAGUUCCUGGAUCUAUAGCCGAAGUGGUAUUUUGCAACCACUAUCAGGCGUGGAGGAUCUACGUUAAAACCAUAAUCAACCCUAAGGAGUAUCUAGCGACCAAGUGUAAGAACCAUCACGACUACAGGAAAGGGAAAUGCAUUCGCAAUGAAACAACCUACGCGGGAAUGAACGUCUCUAAAACAGCUAGGGGAGAUUACUACGUCGACACAGGAGUCACAGCCGUCAACGUUUAAGAGCUUUAAUUGUGAUAAAUGUUACCUACUGAUAAUAAUACAUGUU